CAGUGUUCACACAACACUGAGGAGGGUAGGAUUGUGCCUCCAUGAGGUCUGUGCGAGGAACACUGAGAACUGGAUUAAGAUGAAGUUGUUUGCUGGCAUUUUCAUCAGCUGUGCUCUGGUUACAGGAGCCUCGUCUCUCAGAUGCUUCUCCUGUGAGAAUCCAACUGGGACCUGUACGGAGCAGCAGGUCUGCGAUGCGGCUGGGACCCAGAGCUGCAGAGCCAUCUUGGGCAAACUGAAUUCCAUUUUCAGCUCCGACGAGUCAAUCACUUACGAGUGUGGGACCUGUACUGGAAACCUAUCCUUGGACAGUGGCACAUUCUCAGCUUCCACGACUGAAAGUUGCUGUCAGUCCGAUCUCUGCAACAACCAAACCAUCAUAGAAGAGACUAACACCACCUUGAAUAGUCUUGAGUGUUACACAUGCCCAUUGUUUGGUACUUGUGAGCAUCCAAUAGAAACGGUGAAAUGUGCUGGUACACAGACAUGGUGCCUCCACUCCUACCUCAUAUUCAAUUCACUUGCUUUCACUAUCAAAGGCUGUGCUUCUGAGACUAUGUGCCAACACCCAGACCUGUUAAAGGAUUAUGGAGUCCAAACACAGCAAGAGUUUUACUGCUGUCGAGAGAGUGGUUGUAAUCGGGGGAUUUCAGAGAACAGCUCAGCACAGACAACAACACCCUCCAAUAUGCUGACAGCUAAUUUCUAUUCCUCAACGGUGCGGAAUUCACCUGAGAAUAUGACAAACUCUGUGACGGCAGUUGACUACAACUCGACUGAGCAGACGCUCGCUGAGACACCCAUUAAGUCCUUGUCAAGUAAGGCCAAGAAACAUUGAAAAUAGGAACAGGAGCAGAGCAUUCUCUCCUGUUCCACCAUUCAGUACAAUUAUGGCUGAUCAUCCACCUCAGUCCCCUGUUUCUCCCUCACACCCUUCAAUCCCUUUAGCCCAGUUAUUAGUUGCCCUGUUAUUAAUUACCCAGUUGUUAAUUUUUCUGUUAUUAAUUGCCCUGUUAUUAAUUACCCUGUUAUUAAUUGUCCUGUUGUUAAUUGCCCUGUUAUUAAUUACCCUGUUGUUAAUUUCCCUGUUAUUAGUUGCCCUGUUAUUAAUUACCCUGUUGUUAAUUCCCCUGUUAUUAGUUGCCCUGUUAUUAAUUAUCCUGUUGUUAAUUCCCCUGUUGUUAAUUCCCCUGUUAUUAAUUGCCCUGUUAUUAAUUACCCUGAUGUUAAUUGCCCUUUAUUAAUUGCCCUGUAGUUAAUUCCCUUGUUAAUUGCCCUGUUAUUAAUUUCCCUGUUAUUAAUUUCCCUGUUAUUAAUUGCCCUGUUGUUAAUUGCCCUGUUGUUAAUUGCCCUGUUAUUAAUUGCCCUGUUGUUAGUUGCCCUGUAAUUAAUUGCCCUGUUAAUUGCCCUGUUAAUUGCCCUGUUUAUAAUUGCCCUGUUGUUAGUUGCCCUGUUAUUAAUUGCCCUGUUAUUAAUUGCUCUAUUAAUUGCCCUGUUAAUUGCCCUGUUAUUAAUUACCCUGUAAUUAAUUGCCUUGUUAAUUGCCCUGUUAUUAAUUGCCCUGUUAUUAAUUGCUCUAUUAAUUGCCCUGUUGUUAAUUGCCCUGUUAUUAAUUACCCUGUUGUAAAUUGCCCUGUUAAUUGCCCUUUAUUAAUUGCCCUGUAGUUAAUUGCCUUGUUAAUUACCCUGUUAUUAAUUACCCUGUUAGUUGCCCUGUUAUUAAUUGCCCUAUUAUUUGCCCUGUUGUUAAUUGCCCUGUUGUUAAUUGCCCUGUUGUUAAUUGCCCUGUUAUUAAUUACCCUGUUAGUUGCCCUGUUAUUAAUUGCCCUGUUAUUAUUUGCCCUGUUGUUAAUUGCCCUGCUGUUAAUUACCCUGUUGUUAAUUGCCCUGUUAUUAAUUACCCUGUACUUAAUUGCCCUGUUGUUAAUUGCCCUGAUAUUAAUUACCGUGUUAUUAAUUACCCUGUUAUUAAUUGCCCUGUUGUUAAUUGCCUGUUGUUAAUUACCCUGUUAUGAAUUGCUCUUAUUAAUUGCCCUGUUAUUAAUUGCCCUGUUGUUAAUUGCCCUGUUAUUAAUUACCGUGUACUUAAUUACCCUGUUGUUAAUUGCCCUGAUA